GAGGCAGGAGCCGCGGGAGCAGGAGGAGGAGCCGCCGCCGCCGCAUCAAAGACAGCGGCUCCCCGCGGCCUGGCGCCGAGUCAUGCGCCGCGGGCUGUAAUGUCAGCGGAUCAGGACAAGGACCCGGUCGCGCUCAAGAGAGUUCGAGGUGGUGAUAGUGGACUGGAUGGGUUAGGAGGACCAAACAUACAACUUGGAAGCCCAGAUAAGAAAAAACGCAAGGCGAAUGCACAGGGAGCUUCCUUCCCUCCACUAUCUGAGUACGCCCCACCACCAAAUCCAAACGCUGACCAUCUGGUGGCUGCCAAUCCCUUCGAUGACAACUACAGUGCCAUCUCCUACAAACCGCUGCCUGCAUCCAAUCCGUACCUGGGCCCUGGCUACCCCAGCUUUGGGGGCUACAGCACAUUCAGGAUGCCACCUCACGGUCCCCCAAGGAUGUCCUCUCCCUACUGCGGCCCUUACUCACUCAGGAACCAGCCGCAUCCCUUCCCCCAGAACCCCUUGGGCAUGGGCUUUAAUCGACCUCACACUUUUAACUUUGGGCCGCCUGACAGUGCAAGCUAUGGAAACCCAUCCUAUAACAACGUCCUGACUCAGAAUGUUAACAUGCCCAAUCAGCAUUUCAGGCAGAAUCCUGCUGAAAACUUCGGUCAGAUCCCUCCCCAGAAUGCCAGCCAAGUACCUAACCCCGAUCCGGCAUCUAACUUCAUCCCUGGAAACAAUUCAAAUUUUACCCCUCCCUUAGAACCGAAUCACUCUUUCAUUCCUCCCCCAAAUACUUUCGGCCAAGCAAAAGGGCCACCACCGCCUCCGAAGCAAGACUUCAGCCAGGGCGCAGCCAAGGCCACCAAUCACAAUUCCUCUGCCCACCUGCCAAACUCGGGUCUGGAUGACCCAGGGAGUCAGGGCAGCCUGGAGCUGAAGAACGUUACCCCCCGGGGCAACGCGGCCAGCCAAGAGAGCAGCAGGGCGAGCGGCGCGGAGGCGCCCGCCACCAACAGCCAUGCCAACGGGACGCAGGGCAAGCCCCGCCCGCCGCGGGGAGCCGCCGAGUGCGCCCCCGAGAAGAGCGGUAAAGCCGCCGGGCACCCCGGCCGGCACGGCCACUUGUCCUCCGACCCGGUGUACCCUUGCGGGAUCUGUACGAACGAGGUGAAGGAUGACCAGGAUGCCAUCCUGUGUGAGGCCUCGUGCCAGAAGUGGUUCCACCGCGUCUGUACGGGCAUGACGGAGACCGCCUACGGCCUGCUCACCGCGGAGGCCUCGGCAGUGUGGGGCUGCGACGCCUGCAUGGCCGACAAGGACGUCCAGCUGAUGCGCACCAGGGAGCCCUUCGGGCCGCCUGCAGUGGGCAGCGAUGCCUAGGCACCAGCGUUCACUGCAGCGGAUAAAAUUUCCAAAUGUUGAAGGAUCUGGCUCUGCUUUUCUUUAAGUUCUGUGGAGUGAUGGUUGUUACAAAAUGGUAUACCGUGUGCUAUAUGCCUAUUCCCAGCAUCAAAUCAUGGCUGGCAGAGAAGAACUAGGUGUUUGAGUAGACCCUGCUGAUGCCCUCAGGAGUUAACACUUGACUGGGCUCAGAGGCAAGUUGUGCUCCUUGCUAAAACUGGUUGUGCAGUUCCUUAAACCCUUUAUUGCUUACAGGAUUUGGGUUUUUUUGUUUGUG